ACUCCGGCUCCUCCAGAGAGGGCGGAGGAGGAGGUUGGAGCUCGACGGUGAUUUUGUGCCAGGGCUUCCCGGAGGCGCGCUGAAAAGGCUGGCGGGGCUCGAGCAGCCGGAGGUUUAGAGACGCACAUUCAAGCCCCCAUCCCCCGGGGAGGGGAAGGGGGCUGGAGGCGAGGCGUGAGGGCGGCGGAGGAAAGGUGUCUGCUCUGGGGGAAGGGGCGAGCCCUGCCUGUCGGCGGCGAGGGGCUGCGGACCGGGGAGGAGGCUUCGCGGGUCGGAGCGGCUCCAUGCCCACCGGUGGGUGGAACGUGGAGAGCGAAACGCUGAGGUCGAGCCUGGCGGCCCCUCGGAGCCCUUUCCGUGGUCUCUAACGCCGUGUUUCAUUUAGCCCACAUUGGGGUUAAUUCAUUGAGGGGCAGUUCCGCUCGCCUGGCUCCUCCAGGCGCUGGGCAACCUUGACGGGCUUUUUGUCUUGCUGCUCCAGCCCCCUUUUCCCUUUCCUCCUCCUCCAGAUGCCUUUUCUCUGCCCCUCCUUGCCCGGUACCGACAUUUCCAGCGCAGGCUGCUGCUCGUGGGGGCUGUUGAAGCCGCUUCUCCGGAUUUCGGCUCGUUUCCCUCUGGGGUGUCUUUUGAGGAGGGAGACCCUGCCCCCUCUCUCCGAUGGGGUUUUCCUGCCUUGCCAAAAUGGACUUUAAUUGAUUUUUACUUACUUCUGUUUGAACGUUUUGAGACCUAUUCCCUAGACAUAUUUUUUUUUUGUGGUAGUUCCUUUUUUCCCCCCCCCCAAACGAGAAUCUGUAAAAUGGAGAACGAAAUCUUUACUCCCCUUUUGGAGCAGUUCAUGACCAGUCCCUUGGUCACUUGGGUGAAGACGUUCGGACCCCUGGCCGCAGGAACCGGGACCAGCCUGGAGGAGUAUGUGGCUUUGGUGGAUGGGGUGUUCCUGAACCAGGUCAUGCUCCAAAUAAAUCCUAAAUUGGAGAGUCAAAGAGUAAAUAAAAAAGUCAACAAUGAUGCCUCACUUAGAAUUCAUAAUCUGUCUAUUUUGGUGAGACAGAUAAAAUUUUAUUAUCAGGAGACUUUGCAGCAGUUGAUCAUGAUGUCAUUGCCAAAUGUGUUAAUCAUUGGCAAAAAUCCUUUUUCUGAGCAAGGCACAGAAGAAGUUAAAAAGCUACUUUUACUUUUACUAGGUUGUGCAGUUCAGUGUCAGAAAAAAGAAGAAUUUAUUGAAAGGAUUCAAGGUUUAGAUUUUGAUACAAAAGCAGCAGUUGCCGCACAUAUUCAAGAGGUAACUCAUAAUCAGGAAAAUGUAUUUGAUCUGCAAUGGAUGGAAGUAACCGAUAUGUCACAGGAGGACAUAGAACCCCUCUUGAAAAAUAUGGCAUUGCAUCUAAAAAGACUUAUAGAUGAGAGAGAUGAGCAUUCCGAGACUAUUGUAGAGCUCUCUGAAGAACGAGAUGGUCUUCAUUCACUACCCCAUGCGUCCUCAUCUGCACAGUCCCCCUGUGGUUCUCCAGGCAUGAAGCGAACAGAAAGUCGACAGCAUCUGUCAGUGGAGCUGGCAGAUGCGAAGGCCAAGAUAAGAAGGCUUAGACAGGAGCUGGAGGAAAAGACUGAACAAUUGUUGGACUGUAAACAAGAACUUGAGCAAAUGGAAAUAGAACUAAAAAGGCUACAGCAAGAGAACAUGAAUUUGCUUUCGGAUGCUCGUUCUGCAAGAAUGUACCGAGAUGAAUUAGAUGCACUUCGAGAGAAGGCUAUCAGAGUUGAUAAACUUGAAAGUGAAGUCACCAGAUAUAAAGAAAGGCUACAUGACAUUGAAUUUUACAAGGCAAGAGUUGAGGAAUUAAAAGAAGACAAUCAAGUUUUAUUAGAAACAAAAACCAUGUUGGAAGACCAACUAGAAGGAACUCGAGCUCGUUCUGAUAAAUUACAUGAAUUAGAAAAAGAGAAUUUACAACUGAAGGCCAAAUUGCAUGAUAUGGAAAUGGAACGUGAUAUGGAUAGAAAAAAGAUUGAAGAAUUAAUGGAAGAAAAUAUGACUUUGGAAAUGGCACAGAAACAAAGUAUGGACGAAUCAUUACAUCUUGGCUGGGAGCUGGAACAGAUAUCCAGAACCAGUGAACUCUCUGAAGCACCACAGAAAUCCUUGGGCCAUGAAGUGAAUGAGUUGACAUCAAGUAGGUUAUUGAAGUUGGAGAUGGAAAAUCAGAGCUUGACAAAAACUGUUGAAGAGCUUCGUAGUAGCAUGGAUUCAGUAGAAGGCAACACUUCCAAAAUACUGAAAAUGGAAAAAGAAAAUCAGAGGCUGAGUAAAAAGGUCGAAAUGCUUGAAAAUGAGAUCAUUCAAGAAAAGCAAAGUCUUCAAAAUUGCCAAAAUUUAAGCAAAGAUCUAAUGAAGGAGAAAGCACAGCUUGAAAAAACAAUUGAAACACUUAGAGAAAAUUCAGAAAGACAGAUUAAAAUAUUGGAACAGGAAAAUGAACAUCUGAAUCAAACAGUGUCUUCCUUAAGGCAGCGUUCACAGAUUAGUGCUGAAGCAAGAGUGAAAGACAUUGAAAAAGAAAAUAAAAUUCUCCAUGAAUCUAUCAAGGAAACAAGUAGCAAGUUGAGUAAGAUUGAAUUUGAAAAAAGGCAAAUCAGAAAAGAAUUGGAACAUUAUAAAGAAAAAGGAGAACGAGCAGAGGAACUUGAAAAUGAGUUGCAUCGUCUUGAAAAAGAAAAUGAAUUGUUACAGAAAAAGAUAACUAACUUGAAAAUUACUUGUGAAAAAACUGAGGCCUUAGAACAUGAAAAUUCAGAGCUAGAAAAAGAAAACAGAAAACUGAAGAAAACUUUGGAUAGCUUUAAAAACCUAACUUUUCAGUUAGAAUCCCUUGAAAAGGAGAAUUCCCAACUUGAUGAGGAAAACUUAGAGCUGCGAAGGAAUGUGGAGUCUUUGAAGUGUGCCAGCAUGAAAAUGGCUCAGCUGCAACUGGAAAACAAAGAACUGGAAAGUGAAAAAGAGCAACUGAAGAAAGGUUUGGAACUCAUGAAAGCUUCUUGCAAAAAAACAGAACGCUUAGAAGUUAGCUACCAGGGUUUAGAUACAGAAAAUCAAAGACUUCAGAAAGCUCUAGAGAACAGCAAUAAAAAAAUCCAACAGUUAGAAAGUGAACUACAAGACCUAGAGAUGGAAAAUCAAACAUUGCAAAAAAACCUAGAAGAAUUAAAAAUAUCUAGCAAAAGACUAGAACAGCUAGAAAAAGAAAAUAAAUCACUGGAGCAAGAGACUUCUCAGCUGGAAAAGGAUAAGAAGCAUUUGGAGAAGGAAAAUAAGAGACUCCGACAGCAAGCAGAAAUAAAAGACACUACAUUAGAAGAAAACAAUGUGAAGAUUGGAAAUUUAGAAAAAGAAAAUAAAUCUCUAUUCAAAGAGAUUAGUGUCUAUAAAGAAUCUUGUGUUCGUCUGAAAGAGUUAGAGAAAGAAAAUAAGGAACUUGUGAAGAGAGCAACUAUUGAUGUAAAAACAUUGGUUACCUUACGAGAGGAUUUGGUGAGUGAAAAAUUGAAGACUCAACAAAUGAACAAUGAUCUUGAAAAGUUAACUCAUGAACUUGAAAAGAUAGGAUUAAAUAAAGAACGACUCUUACAUGAUGAGCAAAGUUCUGAUGACAGUAGGUACAAACUUUUGGAAUCAAAAUUAGAAUCUACUCUUAAGAAGUCCCUUGAAAUAAAAGAAGAAAAAAUUGCUGCUUUAGAAGCUCGAUUAGAAGAAUCCACAAAUUAUAACCAGCAGUUGCGCCAAGAACUUAAAACAGUGAAGAAAAAUUAUGAAGCUCUCAGACAGAGGCAAGAUGAGGAGCGGAUGGUACAGAGCUCUCCUCCAUUGGCUGGCGAAGAUAAUAAAUGGGAACGAGAAAGUCAGGAGACCACCAGGGAACUUCUCAAAGUAAAAGACAGGUUAAUUGAAGUAGAAAGAAAUAAUGCUACACUCCAAGCAGAGAAGCAAGCAUUGAAAACUCAACUGAAGCAACUUGAAACACAGAACAAUAAUUUGCAGGCUCAGAUUCUUGCUCUGCAGAGGCAGACAAUAUCAUUACAAGAGCAGAAUACCACUCUUCAAACACAGAAUGCCAAGCUUCAGGUUGAAAAUUCUACACUCAAUUCCCAAAGUACUUCACUUAUGAAUCAGAAUGCACAACUCCUAAUCCAACAGUCUUCUUUAGAAAAUGAGAAUGAAUCUGUAAUCAAAGAACGAGAAGACCUCAAAUCUCUCUAUGAUUCUCUGGUCAAAGAUCAUGAAAAGCUGGAACUUCUUCAUGAACGGCAGGCCUCAGAGUAUGAGUCUCUCAUCUCGAGACAUGGAACCCUAAAGUCUGCCCAUAAAAAUCUUGAGGUGGAGCAUAAAGAUCUUGAAGACCGUUACAACCAGUUACUAAAACAGAAAGGACAGUUGGAAGAUUUGGAAAAAAUGCUCAAAGUAGAACAAGAAAAAAUGCUGCUUGAAAGUAAAAAUCAUGAGACGGUAGCUGCUGAAUACAGGAAACUUUGUGGUGAAAAUGAUAGGUUGAAUCAUACAUAUAACCAGCUUUUAAAGGAGACUGAGGUGUUACAAACUGAUCAUAAAAACUUGAAAAGUCUUCUUAAUAAUUCUAAACUGGAGCAAACAAGAUUGGAAGCUGAAUUUUCAAAACUAAAGGAACAAUACCAACAGCUGGAUAUCACAUCCACAAAGCUGAAUAACCAAUGUGAGUUGCUAAGUCAGCUUAAAGGAAAUUUAGAAGAAGAAAACCGACAUCUGCUGGAUCAAAUUCAGACAUUAAUGCUACAGAACAGAACACUGCUGGAGCAAAAUAUGGAAAGCAAGGAUCUUUUUCAUGUAGAACAAAGACAGUACAUAGAUAAGUUAAAUGAAUUAAGGCGGCAAAAGGAAAAAUUAGAAGAGAAAAUUAUGGAUCAGUACAAGUUUUAUGACCCAUCUCCUCCGAGGAGGAGAGGCAACUGGAUUACUCUAAAAAUGAGAAAAUUGAUAAAGUCUAAGAAAGAUAUUAACCGGGACCGUCAGAAAUCUCUGACUUUAACACCUACUCGCUCAGACUCCAGUGAAGGAUUUCUUCAACUCCCUCAUCAAGAUAGUCAGGAUAGCUCUUCAGUAGGAUCAAACUCUCUAGAAGAUGGCCAGACCCUGGGGACCAAGAAAAGCAGCAUGGUUGCACUGAAAAGACUGCCCUUUUUGAGGAACAGACCGAAGGAUAAAGACAAAAUGAAGGCCUGCUACCGUCGUUCCAUGUCCAUGAAUGACCUGGUGCAGUCCAUGGUCCUUGCAGGACAGUGGACAGGUAGUUCUGAGAAUUUGGAGGUUCCUGAUGAUAUUUCAACGGGUAAAAGGAGGAAAGAAUUGGGAGCUAUGGCCUUCUCUACUACAGCCAUCAACUUUUCAGCUGUCAACUCUGCUGCAGGCUUCAGAUCCAAGCAGUUGGUUAAUAACAAAGAUACCACAUCCUUUGAAGACAUAAGUCCACAAGGUAUUAGUGAUGAUUCUAGUACGGGAUCAAGAGUUCAUGCUUCAAGACCAGCCAGCCUUGAUAGUGGCAGAACAUCCACUAGCAAUAGCAAUAAUAACGCUUCACUACAUGAAGUCAAAGCAGGUGCCGUUAAUAACCAAAGCAGGCCACAAAGCCACAGCAGUGGAGAGUUUAGCCUGCUUCAUGAUCAUGAGACUUGGUCCAGCAGUGGUAGCAGUCCAAUCCAGUACUUGAAAAGACAAACCAGAUCAAGUCCAGUGCUCCAACACAAAAUGCCUGAAACAGCAGAAGGACGAGCGUAUCACAAGAUCAAAGCUGGUUCCCCUGGAAGUGAAGUGGUUACUCUACAGCAGUUUUUGGAAGAAAGCAACAAGCUUACCUCAAUACAGAUAAAGUCCUCAAGUCAAGAGAAUCUUUUAGAUGAAGUAAUGAAAAGUUUAUCUGUCUCUUCUGACUUUUUGGGAAAAGACAAGCCAGUUAGCUGUGGCUUGGCCAGGUCAGUAAGUGGAAAGGCCCCGGGAGACUUCUUUGACAGACGGACAACUAAACCCGAGUUUUUGAGACCUGUUGCUCGAAAGACUGAAGAUAGCUGCUUCAUUAGUUCUGCAGGAAAGCCUACACCAGGCACUCAAGGGAAAAAAAAAUUAGUAAAAGAAACUUCUAUGUCACGACAAUCAAAAGAUAAUAAUCCUUAUGCCACUUUACCUCGUGCAAGCAGUGUGAUCUCUACUGCUGAAGGAACUACACGAAGGACGAGCAUCCAUGAUUUUUUGACCAAGGACAGUAGAUUGCCUGUGUCAGUUGAUGCACCAUCAUCCACUGCUGAUAUCAACAGCACUGCAGCACAUAAUGUGGACAAAGUACAAGAAAGCAGAAAUUCAAAAAGCAGGUCUAGGGAGCAACAAAGCUCCUAAUUCUAUUACCCACUACAUGACAUGUGGGCCAAGUGGUGAGUUUACUGCUUAAAAUGCAAAUGAGAUCAGUCUCAUUUAUAUAAACUAACCAAAUAAAGUAUGAGAACAAGUGCAUCUUGCAUUAACAGAUGUGAAUAUCGCUUGCUUCACUGGUUGAAUUUCUUACUAGUGAAAACAUGGUUACAUGGUUGCCACAGGUUUUUUCCUGUUAGUACAGGGGGAAAAAACAUUUUAAAUAUCUUUCUCUCCUCCCCCCCAGUUUAAAAAAAUUUUUUACUAAUGAUUAAUAUUUUAGGAAUUACUUUUUUUGUGUGGUGUAUUGCUCCCCACAAUUAUCUUGAGAACUGUUGAAAAUAAACUAAGAGUCACUCAAAGAAAAAUUCUGAUUUUCUGUCACUCUCUCAUUCCUAUAGAAAUACUUGAUGCAUGCUGUUCUUAUAGUGGCUGCUCUGUAUUUUAUAUCUAUCUUCAGUCUUACAUUUUCUUUCUUCUUUCUGCCUUCCAACUAAAUACAGAGAGAAAAGUGUCCUUCAGUUUCUCAGUGUGAAGCCUUUAAUUCUGAAGUAACAAGACACCUAGCAACUAUAGAAUCAUUUUAUUAAAAAAAUCUUUGAGACUUAAUUCUUCGUGAAUAGAUCAGGCAAGAAAUACAAACCUUCAUUCCUUCCUUGAAUCAAGGAGCACUACUGGAUUCAACUGCCAGAAUUCUUAGAAGGUUUUAGGACUUUAUUAUACAUUGUUCUAUUAAGAUCUACUGAAUAAAGGACAUUCUCUCGCUAAGGACCAUGUGUUUUAAAUGUUUCAAGAAGUACUCCAAGAACAAUCUGCUUCUUUCAUCAUUUGUUUAUCAAUUAUCCAUGUUUGCUUAAUGCUUCCGCUAAAGAUUAGCCAAAAUUUAGCCAUUUAUAUUUAGUUGUGUAAAUCUAAAUUAAAUGCUGUAGUAUUUUGUGGAAUGUACUAUAUAUCAAGAUACAGAGAAAAUUGUUUGGCAUGUCAGAGCCUUAUUUGGUUAACAGACUGCAUGUGUUGCUAGUUUCUUUUUAAGCCAGUUAUUUUGAUGCACAGAUUAUAAGGUAAAUCUGGGAAAUCAAUGAGAUAGGAGUUAUACAAACUUACAGAUAUUAAUCUUUCCAUAUUCCCCAUCAAACAACACUAAGCAUUCAUACAUGAGCCUAAGGUAAAGUGUUUUCUGAAACUUUUUUUAGUAAGAUUAUUUUUCAGCAAAUAACAUUCCCAAGAUAAAGCUGUUAUGUUUUAACCCAUUUAUGUAUUUGAUUUUUUUUUACUUGAGAGCUGACUGUUGCUUAAGAAGUUUUCUUAUGGCAAAAAUAAUGUAAAUAAUUUACUAUAAUCUGAAUUUUGCCAGGAACUCAUUUACUAUUAAGGUUAUCAUAAAAAUUUUGUUUUUGUCUUAUAAUAAUAUUAAAGUUGAUAACUGCUAUUGGUACUUUUGAAAUAUUUGUAUGCAUUUAUUACCUUAAACAUUUGGAAGAAGCACAAGAAAGUAGAAACAUCAAUUUUUUAGUAUUUUCAAUUUUAUAUCACAGUUUUAUUUUCUUAUGAAAGGCAAAAAAUGCACUGAUACUUAUUAAUGCAACUUCAUUAUUUAACAUGAAUAAUCUUUAAGGCCUAAAAUGAGGAAAUACUAACUUUUCUAAAUUUUAACAUUGCACUUCUUAGGCUCUCAUUACCAGCUCCAGAGAAGUUUUUGGAUUAAUUCCAUUUUUCGUUAUAUGUUAUUUAUAAGUGGUGAGUUUCAUCACUAACCUGGUAGCCAUCAGAAAAAGUCAGGCUUGCUGUGUGUGUGUGCGUCUGUGUGUGUGUCUGUCUCUCUCCCUCUCUCUAGGCCAGGAGCAGUGUUACUGUUUUCAUGUUGAUCUUUGGAAAGGCCAUCAAUAAAAAAAAUAGAAAGCAGCAUGAUCAGUUGACCACAAGUUGAAAUGGAAGUUAGAGAACUUGAAUUUAACUCAGUGCCAUGAGUAACAAGUUUUGCCACCAAGUAAUGCUGUAAAGUUAAAUCACCUUAAAACUGUUAGAUGAAAGGUGCUAUAUAAUUGUAAAUACAAAGGAUUCUUGCUAUACUACAAAUAUUGGAUAACAGAAAUAUUAAAAAUCUGUUCUCUAAACUUUGAAAUAUCUUUUACAUCAUGGCUCCCUGAUUCUCAAGUAUCAAAUCGGCAGUGAGUAUCAAUGGCAAUCUAGAGAAACUUGCAUGUAAAAACUGUAAAUUCAUUUUAAGGUAGAUAAAUUGAAAAUAAAUGUAGAAAUUAUGUUUUAACUAAGUACAGUUAUGUGGUAAGUUAGAUUUAUAUUAACUAGCAUCUAAUUUGCACAACUAGGACGUGUCCCAGGCUAAUUCCUGAAAGUUGAAAUGUAAUGAGGUGGUCCAUUGAGGGUGAAUGCUUUCUGUCACAGCUUGAGCUGUCUGUCCAGGACACGAUAAGAGAACCUGUUAAGUAGCAUGUUACAGCUUCAAUUAGAAAAUGAUUAAUGAUAGCCUGUGAAGUAUUAACUCCACAUAGAAUUAUUUGAAUCCAAGAAGAGACAAGUCAGGACUGCAAGAGUACUGAUUCUCUCGAUCCUCUUUUUCAAGAUAGAAUUAGAUAACAACCAUGUGAAUAUUUUACUUUAAGAUAAUUUCAUAAGCAAGCUUUGUCAGAGCCACUUUUCCUUUAUGUGUUUGUACCAAACAAUUAUAGUGAAACCAGCUGGAAACAUGCCACUUUCCUUACAUACUUUUAAUAUCUGAAUUCUAAACAUCAAGGAAACUCAAGAAUUAGAUACGCAAGGUAAUUGUUCAGUCCAUGUCUCUGUUAGUGCGCCUAACUAUCUGGCCAUUUGGAAAUGGAUUGGUAUAACUGUUUGAAUUGAUGGUUACCAAAGAGUUCUCAAAACAGGUUCAUAUGUAGCACCUUUCAUGAAAGGCACAGUAACGGCCUAUUUAAAAACCACUGUGUACAUCUUGGAAUUACAACCACCCCACAGUGAAGCACUACAGCCUGCACUGCAUCAAAUCUACAACUGCAGUGGGGAGUAAUGUUUGCUCACCUUUGUAUUUUAAAUUGCCUUUUAUGAAAAAGUGGUGAAUUGUUGCUUUUUCUUUCAGCUAUAUUUAGUUCUGAGAUGUAUUUUUUUUUAAGUCUUGAAUGAAUAAUACAAAAGGAGCCCCUUUUAUAGUAUAACCGUUGCUAUACAUAUUGAGAUAUCUGGACAAUGAAAAUGCCUUAACAGGAAUGCUUAUGGAUAAUGUUGCACUUCUAAUACCCUUUAACAAAACCUAAUUUUAAAUAUUAUUUUUGUGUUCUGCUAAGGGUUCUCUUUUCUCAUUGUUUUACUGUUGUACUUACAGCUGUUAGUAAAUAUUAGAUCAAUUAUCUAAACUGUAACAUUUCCUUUAAGAUUAAUGCAAAUGAGGGUUUUGGAGUUGAAUGGCAAAGUCUUUCUUACUUAGCAAUACCUAAUACCAGCCAUAGGAGUCUUUAACAUCUGACAAGAGACAACGUUGGUUGGUUGAUUUCUUCCUAAAACAUUGUCUUUCCAUUUUAGUUUUUACUUUGUUUCUCAAAAAAUUAUGUUGGAUUAACAUCCAUUUAUCAUACUGAUAUAAAAAGAAAUAAAACAAAUAAGUGAUUUUUAUAUCAAGUGGUUAGUAAUCAUUUAAAAAUCACAAUGUGCUCUUAGCCAAGUGUUAUUCCUUCAUUCCUUUCCCAUUGCUCUGGAGAAUUAUUUUCAAAUACAACCUAUAAUGUUGCUCAGAUUAAUUUAUUCGGAUCACUUUGAAGUGAAUGUUAAAUUUUCGAGGUAGAGAAUCUGAUACUCCCAAAGGCAUUAUUCACUCGGCUGUUCUGAGUGUUCUACAGCGACCCCUAGUGGAGGCCUGAAAUCACAGACAGUACUGAACCCAGGGCCCACUGUCUUUUCCUGUACAUACAUAUCUAUGUUGAAGUAUAAAAUAUCAAUUAGGCACAGAAGAUUAAUAGCAGCUAAUAAAAAUUAACAAGUAUAAGUUCUAUAAUGUGAUCUCAAAAUAUCCUGCUGUACAGUACUCACCCUUCUGGUGACAAGGAGAGACAGUGCACACAUGAUGGGAGGAAGAGGUAAAUUGCUGACACAGCAUUAUGCCACUGUAGUGAUUGGAACAGAGGCAUUACCAAAGGAUAGCUCAUUUAAUAAGCAGGAUGGUUGAGUGGUUAACAGGUGGUGUAUGCAACAGAUCUGAACAUGGAUGAUUUACCUUCUAAGAGGGAAAGAGUAGGCUGGUAUGAGAUUUCAUCACUAUUCAGUACAAACUUUUUCAGUUGUUUAUUUCUGGCAUUUCUCACUUAUUUUCAGAAUGAGCUUAUUCUGGGUAACUUAAAUGACAGAAGGUAAAAACCACAGAUUAGAGAGAACUGGUAAAAUAGACUGUUCACAUGAAGACUGAGGAGGUAACUGGUAAUACAUCUUUGAGAAAAAUCAUUCCAGAUAUCUUUAUACCAAUAGUUAGACCAGAGAUGCAAAGUCCUGAUUUCUGUAACUGUAAUCCUGUAUUUUAUUAGCAAAGCCAUCUAGAAUUGCCUUAUACAACAGAGUAGCUAAAACUGAACAUGGAAUCUUAGGAUAAAGUAUUAGCUGUAUUACUCCAGUAUGGCAAUUAUUUUUUUUACCAACUAGGAAAAGAGGAUUCUUCUCCAUUAAUACUUCAUAUGACUGUACUAAAGUAAAAUGAGAAUUUUCAACACCUCUAAAGGACUCUUCAGCUUCUGUCAGAUUUUCAAUUAAUGAAGAUUUUGUUUGAAUUGGAGUAAGGUGGAAAAAUGUCCUAUUUCACUAGUUUCUUAAUUAUCACCUUUUUGAAGACUCCACAUUACUGUUUCAGAUACCAUAAUUGAAAGGGACUGAGUGCAGUCAGUCAUACCAGAAACAGGAUAAUAAACUAGCCUAGAGAGAAGAAAGUUGUACGCGUGAGUUCACGUUUCUAACUUCUGAACAAAGACUGUUCAUUUUAAUGGCAUAAUAAUGUAUAUCUGCUAGUGAGUUUCAAAAUGUAAUUUUAAUAGUAUGAUUGU